UUGAGUUAGUCGGAUCUUCUUUCAUUUGAUAAAGAUGAAUGAUAGACAAAAUACAAGAACCAUUGGACCCUUUUUGGAUGUGAUGAAGGUUUUGAAUCACAGAUCCUCUUCUCUCUUUUGAGAGAUGUGUUUACAUAUUUUCUAGAAAGAGGGAGAGGGAGAUCGAGAGAGAGCCCCCUUUUUGGGAAGCCCUCCCCUCCUAUUUAUAAGGGGGAUAUCCAUAGAAAAUCCUAAAAAAGGGUACAAUUUAGAGGGAAUAUUCGGUAGAAUAUGCCUUUUGAGUAUUCCAAAGCAAACUAGCAGUUUCAUGACUGUCCGUCCUCGGCCUGUCCGACCACGACCUAAUUGAUGACGGCCCGACCUUGGUCUGUCUGACCUUGGCUUUAUGUCUUCGCGUGCCGAAUUUCUUUGGUCUAAUUUUGACCCAUACAUAACGAUUGGAGUAGGUUUGUAAGUGCGAAGAAGCUUGUUGCAGGGGAUACCCUUAUAUUUGUCAGGUUACUCUGUUCUCCCUCCAAUGUUCUUGGUGAGAAACAUAUACUACAAGUUGUUUGCCUAACAGCUAAGCUUAUUUUCAUAGAGGAAAAAAUUAUGAAUUAUAUGUUGCUGUUCGCCGUGUAAAAAAACAACAAACCAGCUCAUCAACAUCUAUCUUAUCAAGCCACUACAUGCAACACGGCAUUUUGUCUAAUGCCUACCAUGCUGUUUCCUCUGGGACAAUGUUCACCAUUUACUACCGCCCUUGGACUUGUCCUGCUGCAUUCAUAAUUGCUUACAAUCAAUAUUUGAAGGCCCCUGUAAUCGAUUAUGAGGUUGGGACGACUUUCAACAUGCCAUUUGAAAGCCGCGAACUAGACUGCGGCAGAACAGUAUGCCCAAUAUUUUCAGGUACCAUUGUUGAUGUUAAAGAUGUUGACCCCAUUAGAUGGCCUGGUUCAGAUUGGAGGUGUCUCAAAGUGAAAUGGAAUCAUGCAAAACUAAUGCCAGUUCGUCCAGAAAGGGUAUCUCCUUGGAGCAUUGUAGCCAUAGGAAUAACCAAAAGAAAAAGGAGGUCUUUUUCUUCCUAUCCCAGCAAAGCACAGCCUCUUGAUCCAGCAAAUCUGUUCGUUGUCAAGGACUGUAAGUAAAUAAGACAUUUCCUCAAACAUAUUCUAAUUUGUAUGAAGUCGUAUUUUGAUAUUAACUGGAAGAUUCUGCCAAUAGACAUGAUC